AUGGUCGAGAAAGUGUAUAUUUCGUACAACCACGUUCACAAGCUGUGUCAAGAGGCUGCUGAGGUGAUUAAGGAGUUCAAUCCUCAUUUGAUGAUUGCCAUUGGUGGAGGUGGUUUUAUCCCUGCCCGUAUCUUGAGAACUUUCUUGAAGAAGGAGAACGCCAAAAACAUCCCCAUCCAGGCUAUUGGUUUGUCUCUUUACGAGGAUCUUGGAACCGAUACUGUUGUUGAGACUGCUGGUCUCGAGGUUGUGCGUACUCAAUGGCUCGACUUCGGUGCCAUGGCCGAGCACUCUGUCGACCUGAUUGGCAAGAAUGUGUUGAUUGUUGACGAAGUCGACGAUACCAGAACCACUUUACACUACGCUCUUUCCGAACUUGAGAAGGAUGUGCAAGAACAAGCCGAGAAACUCGGCCGUACCGACGAAGUCACUAAAUUCUUCAUCUUCGUGCUCCACAACAAGGACAAGCCCAAACGUGCCCAACUUCCCAAGGAGAUGCUCGAUUCCGGCCGCUACCUCGCUGCCCGAACCGUGCCCGACUACUGGAUCGCCUACCCCUGGGAGGCCAAAGACAUCGUCGAACACUCUGCUCAAGCCAUCAAACAGGGCAACGACUAA